AUGGGGCUGCUAAGUACAGGGACGGCAGGGCAGCCACCACCUCUCUCACCGCGGUCACCACGGGGCCCUAGCGUCAUCACUUCUACUGAUAGUUUUCCACCAGUACCAGCUCUUCCACACACCUGUGAUUCAACGCCAAGGAAAAAAGGAUUUGUUGGGUGGUUUUGGUCCAUCACUGGCAGGCAACGGGACCCACGAAAAAAGAUUGCGGAUCCUGGCGGUGAGCUUCAAAUUAUGCUGCCAUGCCAAACGCCAGACAACCCUGUCUCUGGCGAGGUUUGCUUAUUGGCUGAGAGCCCGUAUAGAAUAUUAAGGGCGGCAGAAAGCGGUAAUGUGGAGGAUUUUAUGCGUCUGUACUUGAGCGAGCCAUCACGACUGGAUGUACGAGAUCCGCGCGGUCGCACCCCGGCCCAUCAGGCCGCAGCGAAGAACAACACCAACAUCCUGCACUUCAUUAAUAACUACGGUGGUGAUUUAGGUGUUCGCGAUAAUGCUGGAAAUACACCUUUACACGUAGCAGUGGAAAAUGAAGCUCUAGAUGCCAUAGAAUUCCUGCUUCAACAACACGUAGAUACAGGUGUGCUCAAUGAAAAAUCGCAGGCACCGAUACACUUGGCGACCGAAUUGAAUAAGGUGGCAGUUCUGCAAGUUUUCGCAAAAUACAAAAGUCAGAUUAAUGUGGACCUCGGAGGGGAGCAUGGACGCACUGCUUUGCACUUCGCCGCCAUACAUGACCAUGAUAUGUGUGCCAGGGUUUUGAUAUCCGAUUUGGGCGCAGAAUGCAAGCGUCCAUGCAAUAACGGCUAUUAUCCAAUCCACGAGGCUGCGAAAAAUGCUUCAUCUAGGACCAUGGAGGUGUUUCUACAAUGGGCAGAAUCUAGAGGCUGCAGCAGAGAACAAAUGAUAUCACUAUAUGACAAUGAAGGCAACGUACCAUUACAUUCAGCAGUACAUGGCGGUGAUAUUAAAGCUGUGGAACUAUGUCUAAGGUCAGGUGCAAAGAUUUCAACUCAGCAACACGAUUUGUCUACGCCGGUUCACCUUGCAUGUGCUCAGGGUGCUUUAGAAAUUGUCAAAUUGAUGUUCGAAAUGCAACCGAAAGAGAAAAUGGCUUGUUUAACCUCGUGCGAUGUUCAAAAAAUGACUCCACUACACUGUGCCGCUAUGUUCGACCAUCCUGAUAUAGUGAACUACUUAAUUUCUGAAGGUUCAGAUAUUAAUCCUUUGGAUAAGGAAAGAAGGUCACCGCUUUUGCUAGCCGCUUCAAGGGCAGGCUGGAGAACAGUGCAUACAUUGAUCCGCUUGGGUGCCGACAUUGAACUUAAAGAUGUAAACUUAAGGAACUUAUUGCAUCUAGUCGUAAUGAAUGGCGGUCGCCUUGAGGAGUUUGCAGCCAACUGCAAAAAUCGUUGUGAGAAGAGUUUAAUCCUGUUAUUGAAUGAGAAAGACAACACAGGAUGCUCGCCACUGCAUUAUGCGAGCCGUGAAGGACACAUCAGAUCCCUCGAAAAUCUCAUCAGACUUGGAGCUUGCAUCAAUCUCAAGAAUAAUAACAACGAAAGUCCAUUACAUUUUGCUGCUAGAUACGGUCGCUACCACACAGCCUGUCAGCUUCUUGAUUCAGAUAAAGGAACGUUCAUAAUUAACGAAAGCGAUGGCGAAGGCUUGACACCGUUGCAUAUUGCUUCUCGAGAAGGUCACACUAGGGUGGUACAGCUUCUCCUGAAUAGAGGUGCAUUACUUCAUAGAGAUCAUAACGGCCGCAAUCCCUUGCAUCUAGCUGCAAUGAGUGGAUAUGUUCAAACGAUUGAGUUGCUACAUUCCGUUCACUCACAUUUGCUGGAUCAGGUCGAUAAGGAUGGUAAUACACCGCUACACCUAGCUACAAUGGAAAACAAGCCAAAUUCAAUUGCGUUACUGCUGUCCAUGGGAUGCGGUUUGACCUACAAUAAUCUUGACAUGAGUGCAAUAGACUACGCUAUAUAUUAUAAAUUUCCAGAAGCAGCACUAGCUAUGGUUACUCAUGAACAAAGAGCUAAAGAAGUAAUGGCACUCCGUUCGGAUCGUCAUCCAUGCGUCACACUUGCACUAAUCGCCUACAUGCCACGUGUGUUUGAAGCAGUUCAAGAUAAAUGCAUUACAAAAGCAAACUGCAAGAAAGAUUCUAAAAGCUUUUACAUAAAGUACAGCUUCGAUGCACUAUGUCCUCAAGUAAAGGACGAAGACGGUAACAGGAAAACAGAGAAUGUCUUACAAUCGCAGAAUAUACCGUUGCCAGCUCUUAACAUUAAGUACUCUUUCAAAUUCUACCAACAUUCGAAGCUUGAGAUAGAAGCGCUGAGACAGGCGCGCAACGACCCAAAGUUUCGACCCGAACCGUUGAAUGUUAUCAACGCAAUGGUAGCACAUGGUAGAGUAGAACUGUUAGCUCACCCACUCAGUCAAAAAUAUUUACAAAUGAAAUGGAAUUCUUAUGGAAAAUAUUUUCACUUGGCGAACCUUCUCGUUUAUUGCAUUUUCCUGACUUUCGUUACCGUUUACACUUAUCUUCUUAUGAACGGUGUUCCUAAGUCCAGCUUCAACGUAAAUCAUACAAAUAUAUGUACAUCAUCGAACAAAGCAUUUAAUAACAGUACAACAAACAACGGAACUGACACAAGUAAUAUCGAAGGCGAUUUUGAGAAAGUGGUGGCAAUGUGUACCAGUACCACGGCUAUACUAAUUUAUAACAGUAUUUGUCUAAUACGUGAGGCUUACAACAUUAAACAACAGAAAUGGCACUAUUUAGUAGAUCCAUCUAACCUGGGAUCUUGGAUGUUAUAUAUUAGCUCCACGGUAAUGUUGUUUCCGUCGAUUUUCGGCGAAAAUUGCGAUGUUCAGUUCUCGGCUGCAUCUAUAACGGCAUUAUUAUCUUGGUUCGAGUUACUUCUGCUUCUUCAACGCUUCGAUCAAGUUGGCAUCUACGUGGUGAUGUUCUUGGAGAUUCUACAGACACUUAUCAAAGUGUUAAUGGUGUUCUCCAUUCUAAUCAUCGCUUUUGGCCUGGCGUUUUAUAUAUUACUUUCUAAAGGUAACCACUUGUCUUUUAGUAGCAUUCCUAUGUCACUGAUGAGGAUUUUCGCGAUGAUGCUUGGAGAAAUUGACUUCGUUGGAACAUACGUACAGCCAUAUUACAAAUCUGAGACCGAUGUCAUUCUACCAUUCUCGAUGUCAACGUUUUUUAUACUGGCCGUAUUCAUGGUUCUAAUGCCGAUUCUCUUAAUGAAUCUGCUCAUCGGUUUGGCUGUGGGUGACAUCGAAAGUGUACGAAGGAACGCCCAGCUUAAGCGUUUGGCAAUGCAGGUGGUGUUGCACACUGAAUUGGAGCGGAAACUGCCGGCGUUUAUUCUAGAAAAAGUUGAUAAAGACGAAUUAAUUGAAUAUCCGAACACAAAUAAAUGCAAACUGGGCUUUUUGGAUAUAAUUCUAAGGAAAUGGUUCUGUAACCCAUUUACUGACGAUGCGGGAUUAGAUCUGGUAUUGGAAAGCAGCGAAGACUACAUCUCGGCGGAGCUAGAUAAACAAAAACGUCGUAUGCGGGAAAUGUCGCAACUUCUUGAACAACAACACGUUUUGAUUAGGUUGAUUGUGCAGAAAAUGGAGAUCAAAACUGAAGCUGAUGAUGUCGACGAGGGAGUGACACUCAGUGACUCCCGCGUCGUUCCUCGCUGGAGCUCACCAAGGAUCCGCAAGAAGUUGAGGUCGGCCGCGUCUUUUAAUAAAAGUGGCUGA